CUUUGCAUUUCAUACCUGACUGUUUUUCCACCUAAGCAGCCUUAAUUUCUAUUGUAUUUUUUAUACAAAAUCAUCAAGUUCAAAAUUACAUUUAUUUUAAAAUUAUUUAAAACAAUUUAACAUGGGCGAUACUUGCAUAACGGAUCCCAUGACCUUUUUAUACCUCGACAUGCUAUCUACUAUUUUAAUUGAUGAUACAAAAGAACUCGGAAAUCAGUUCGAUACAAAAUUGAAAUUUAUACGCGAACAAGAAAAGAUCUGCUUAGAGAAUGGGAAACAACUUGUUUUUAUCGACCAGUUUGUGGAAACAUUGAAGGACUGUGUAUAUAAGCUGGAGUUGGAGCUGACGGAGAAUGAAAACGAAUUAUUUCAAGCAGAGAGAGUUAUCUCGCAUUGUGAAGCAAUGUACAUGGAUCCGAUGAAGUGUCCAAAGUUUAACACAAUGCCUUUCAAGCAUAGCUGUUUUUUGGUUCUCAUGAAGCUGCUUCUCUCAGCAGACCGUUCCGCAGCUCAGGCCAAUUUACUUAAAGCUGAAAUUGAACGUUUUAACACUGAGGCUGGUUCCCAUUUAGAACCCAUUAAUAUGAUCACAAAGAUUAUAGACUAUCACCAGAAAUCUCUGGUCUUAAUGGAGCAAGAAAUAAACAAACUGGAGUCGAUGACAAAAGAAGUAACCAACUGCUAUGACCAAAUAACUAAACAAAUGCAGAUUAGUAGCCUAACUACCAAAUGCACCUUAACGAUGGCCAAUGUUAUCAACGAUAUAUACUACAAAUAAAUCCUAGAUGUCUUUUCAAGUUUUAUGAAUAUUAUACAUAUGCGUAUGGGUAUGUAAUUAAAUGCAAACCAAGUUCAACUUUUGUUCUUACGUCUAUAGGAUUAGUUGGAUUAUCUUUUUUUUUGGUUAUAUGCUAUAUUAGUUAUUGAUGUCGCGGAAGAAGACCACUUCAUCGGCAAUGAUACUGGUGCUGGUCUUUUGGUUGCCCUGUUGAUCUGUGAUCUCUCCAUAGGUGAUCUUGCCCUGGAUCAUUGUGCGCUGUCCCUUUUUUCAGAUACUCCAGCACGGAAUCACGCAAAUUUGGUUUGAAGACAACUACACGAUGCCAGUCUGUGCGCUGAGCCCAGUCGCCGUUCUCAUAUCUGUAUAAUCAAAGGAUUAUUAAAAAUCGAGCUGAAUCUACAAAUUGUUUAGCACUCACUUGUAGUUGGUAUGAGUGGCAACGGAGAAUGUGACCACUGGAUGCUCCUGAGAGCCGCGCAGUUGUGGAUCUGCGCCCACACGCCCUAAUAUGGUUACGUUGUUGACAGCUGCACAUUAAAGAAAUAAAUUAAGUAAACAUAUGAAAUAAUAUAUCCCUGUUCGAUCAAUUACGCACUUUUUUCAAUUUUGGCGGGUGCUGUGGUUGAUGUACUUGUGGCAGCACCGCGUGCUGACAGAUUCCGGAGUCCCUGCAGGACUGG